GUAUAGGCCAGAUAGAGAUGGAUUUCGAAACAGCGUGUGUUAAUUGCAAGGCAUUCACAAAGCAGCCCCCAAAUGAGGUCUACUUGGACUUCUAUGGGCUCUACAAGCAAGUCACUGUGGGGGAUGUGAACAUUAAUAGGCCCGGUCUCUUGGACUUGACUGGCAGGGCUAAGUACGAUGCAUGGCUCAGUCGGAAGGGUAUGUCUGAGGCAGCGGCGAAGGCCGCAUAUGUGGCGCUAUAUGAAAAGUAUUCCCCUAUCUAUGCCUAGACUAAUGUAUCUAUAUUUUGUGCAUGUGUAAUAAAAGAGUGAGUAAAAGAAA